AUGGCCCGGCUGGGCGCGCUGCUCAGCUUCGCGCUGCUGGCGGCCGCCGUGGCCAGCGACUACCGGUACGUCCUGGAGGUGGCGGACGCGGGCAACCGCACGGGGCGCGCCGCGCGGCGGUCCUGGCUCGGGCUCUGGCACGUCUGCGAAGGGCAAAACAGCUGCGUCCCCCUGAGCGACCCCUUUGCCGGCGAGAGCCUGGAUGCCUCCACCUCGGUGCAGCACCCCGUCUCCCUCCACCGAGCUGUCAUGGUGGUCUUGCCCCUGAGCCUCGUCCUUGUCGUGUGCGGCUGGAUCUGCGGCCUCUUCGGUUCCCUGGCACAGAGCGUCCUUCUGCUGCUCUCCGCCAGCUGCUACUUCUUGCUGGGAGGUGCCCUGACCCUGGUGGGGGUCAGCAUCUACACGAGCUACUCGCACCUGGCCUUCCCUGAGACUGCCCACAAGUACGGCCCCCACGUUCGCAUCAGCUUUGGCUGGUCCGCAGCCCCGGCCUGGGGCUGUUGCACCUCGGAGGCACUCAGCGGCCUCCCCCUGCUCACAGCGGCUGGAGCCCUCAGCCUGAGCCGGCAGCCAGGUCCCCCACUCUGUGGUCAUUUGAGUCUCAGAGGGGCGAGCGGCGGCGGGGAGAGGGGCUCAGUUUCCCUUCGCAUGCCUAGGCCUGGCUGGAGCUCUGGCUGGGAGGGCACCCCUGGGGGUGGGGCAGGGGGCUGGGGGCAGAGCCAAGGAUCCGGUCUCCUCUUGCUUGGCAAAGCCAGAUGUUUGGGGGCCUCCCGUGCGCGGUUUGUGCCCUUUAAGGACUAACUGGUUUGGCCUCCUCUCAGGCAUGAGUUGAAGGGCUCCCAGCAAGAGACAGCAAGUGGCCCGAGAUCGUCAGUGGGGCCGGGGCGGGGGUGCUCAGCGGGCCCCCUGGCGUCUCGCGGGCAGGGCCUGCGCUGGCCCUCCUCCGCCAGUCCUGGUGAGCCAUCUGUCCUCAUUCCCAGGGCCCUGGCUCAGGCGCAGAAGCUACCCUUUGACCUGGGGAGGGGUGAGUUUGAGAGAGAAGCAACUACCCCUUAAACACCCACUGAGUCAGGCUCCAUGCAGAGGGCCGCCUGCUCGUCUGCCUGUGAGGUUCUCGGGGUACCCUUCACAUGAGUUGCCAUUCACCCAUUUUACAGAAGGGAAGUCUGAGGCCCCGACCAUCCCGGAGCAAAUGGCAGUUCCAGGUGCCCUUACAGGCAGGUGGACCCCUGGGCUAAGUUCUGUCCGCUGGUCUUCGAGGGCAGGCGUUGGUGGGGAGGAUACUGAAGAGGGGUGCCUGGGAGCCCCCCGGGAUUUGCAGAGGGCUCUGAGUGGGCUGGAUGCACCUGUGCCCCCUUGUUCUCGGGCCUGGUGGGGCUGCCGCUUCCGACGGGCUGAUACUCCGGGACCCCAGUCCUCCCAUCUGCAGCUCCCUGCGGGAUGUCUGGGGGCCCCAAACAAGCAGGUGCCGAAGUCCCGUUGGGGGUGGGGGAGCCAUGGCAGGUGGUGAGGUGACCCAGAGCGGCAGAAACCAGGGCCCAGAACUUUCGGCGCCUCCGGCUUCCCGAACGGAGGUGGGUGGGGCUCAGCGCGCAGACCCUGGGUCAUCGGGAGACACGAGACACGCUCACUCUCCUGUAGGUAGAGAAGGCGGGAGACCCCGAGGAGAAGGGUCCCUGAAGCCCCAGACAGCCCCAUUUGGGGUUCAGGACCUUCCAGAGUCUGGGAUGUGUGUGGGGGUGGGGGGGGGGGAUGGUGGCCUCUCUGGUCUCUGUCUUCCCCUCCCCCAGCCUCCCUUUAUCGCUCCAAAGGUUACAGGAACCUCCUUGGGGCCUUCAGGGCUGCACCGCUGGGGGCUCCCACUGAGGGCUUCCCUUCCUGUGUGUGCGUUAGCAUUUACCGUUCCAGGUAGCAACGGUGUGCCCACUUGUCCUUAAAUAAAUCAGUUCAUGCUACGUGCAGAUGAGCCUUG